AUGGCAGCUGUAAGACUCCGAAAGGCAUUUCGAUACCCCGAAGAAUCAAACGAGCGCGAAGAGCUAGAUGAAGAAGAACAAGAACGAGUCAUCGAGCACUUGCAGAAGCAGAAUGAUGCUCGCAAUGCCCAAUACAGUAUCAUUUUUACCGCGCUUCCACUGGUGGCUGCUACGGUAUUCGUGGGCCCGGUUUUCACAGCUUCCGGUCAGGCUGAACGGUUGUUUGCGCUGCUCGGGCUUGUCUCGUUGUUGACGACGGGGUAUAUUAUGAGAUGUUCACCGUUGCAGAGGGAUCGCAAAGGCAAGAGGGCGAUGACUGUGCACAAUGAACGGAUUGCUCGGGUUCAUGCGGCGCUGGUGCCGGGUAAUGGUGUGGUUUGUGUGUUGUUGGGGCUGGUUUAUUUCUCUGGAUCGACUGGGAGGAUUCAGCCGGUGUUGUAUUUGAUUCCUGGAGUCAUGCUGGUAUCGAUCCUACUGGCCCGAAGCGUCAUGCUCUCUGUUGACCUUGCCUCGCUCAAGGAUUUACAGUACGAGUACAAAGGUGCCUAG